AUGGCGUUCGGCAGGAGUCACCGGGACCCAUACGUGAGCUCCCUGGGCCAGCUAAUAGAAAAGGCUACGUUUGCUGGAGUGCAGACGGAAGACUGGGGCCAGUUCAUGCACAUCUGUGACAUAAUUAACACCACCCACGAUGGGCCAAAAGAUGCAGUAAAAGCUUUGAAGAAAAGGAUUUCCAAAAACUACAAUCAUAAAGAAAUCCAACUCACAUUGUCACUUAUUGACAUGUGCAUGCAGAACUGUGGUCCGAGUUUCCAGUCUCUGAUUGUGAAGAAGGAAUUUGUUAAAGAUAGUCUAGUUAAGCUGCUGAAUCCCAGAUACACCUUGCCGAUAGACAUUCAGAAUAGAAUUUUGAAUUUCAUUAAGACGUGGUCGCAGGGUUUCCCAGGAGGUGUGGAUGUCAGUGAAGUGAAAGACGUGUACCUGGACCUCCUUAAGAAAGGGGUUCAGUUUCCUUCAUCAGACGCAGAGACUGAAACAGCCAGACAAGAGAUGGCACUGAAUCCACCACCAUCUGUUCCUUCUGCACCAGCUCUUCCUUCUGUGGUUCCCAAGAUCUCCACUAUUACGCUGGUCCCAGAACAGAUUGGAAAACUGCACAGUGAAUUGGAUAUGGUGAAAAUGAAUGUGAGAGUGAUGUCUGCCAUACUGAUGGAGAACAUUCCUGGUUCUGAGAACCAUGAAGACAUAGAGCUUCUGCAGAAACUUUAUAAGACGGGUCGGGAGAUGCAGGAGAGGAUCAUGGACCUGCUUGUGGUGGUGGAGAAUGAAGACGUCACUGCUGAGCUGAUUCAAGUGAACGAGGAUUUGAACAAUGCCAUCCUUGGGUGUGAGAGGUUUACUCGAAACCAACAAAGGAUUUUGGAGCAAAAUAAGAACCAGAGGGAAGAUGCCAGUACUACCAGUGAACCUUCCGCCCCAUCCUCAGAUCUCCUUGACCUGAGUCCCAGCCUUCCGAUGCCUAGGACCACCCUGGGAGAAGUCAGCACCCUGAAUGCUCAGCUUUCAGACUUAAAUUUCAGCUCUCUGAGUCCAGUUGUACCAAACAACUUCAAACCCAGUCUUAAUACACAGGUGGAUCUGCUAGCCUUGGAAAAUACAGAAACACCCCUGUUUGCCCAAAGGACCAGCCAAAACCUCGCCUCAAGUCACACAUACGAGAGUUUUCUGGAACAUUCAAAUGCAGUAUUACUGCAGCCAGUUAGCCUGCAGACCGUUCCAGUAACACCAUCAAACCAGAGACUGCCACCUCUGCCCAGCAAUCAUCCAGCGAUGACGAGGAAUGACCUCCAGCCCCCCAGUUACUGUGAAGUAAUGGAGUUUGACCCCUUAGCUCCUGCCGUCACCACAGAAGCUAUUUAUGAAGACAUUGAUGUUCACCACCACAAAGGAGCUCAAAGUCACAGUGAUUGUUGA